AUGACUAGCGGCAACCGGCCAGCCAUGCCCCAGUCGUUUUACACUCCUGCCUGGCCAAAUCUUGCUCGAGUGGCUGGCCAAACAGGUCCACCAGCAAUCCCUGCUGUGGUGAGGCGACCCGCCGCUCCAAAUGCCAGCCAAGCAAUGUACAUUAGCGGUAGCUACCACUUUGUGCAGGGCCCUGUGCAGCACCAGUUGCCCUGGACUUUGCCCACUGUGCCGCCCGCGGCGCCAGCAGGACCUGGAUCAACGGCGACGCGCCUGAGUCAUGGGGAAUUCGAAGAAGGUGACGAAGUCCAAAAAAUACUACAGAUUGAACAGAUUUCCGUGGCAAGCGGUGUCUUGGGUCAGGAGGUUGAACAAAGUUUCAGCUUGGUCUUGGAGCAGCUUGGGUUGGCAUUCAAACAAAACCAGGUCUUCAAACAGACGGAAGGUUCAUGGCAGAUAACGGACGAGUUCGACCACAAGCUCAAGCAGCGUCAGAAGCUUUUCGAAGAUCUUCGCACAAAUCCUGACAUGGACUGCGGCACAAAAUUACACGACACCGACUACAUGCAGAAGUUGCUGAAGGUUGCGCAGUCGACGAGCGACAGGAAAAGACGUGCCAGUGCGAUCAUGGGCGUGAAGCCUUGGUCAAAUGAAAUGAAAGCAUUCGAAGUCGACUUCGUCGUUUCCGGGCCAAAGGAAGGUUGUGAAGCUAUGGAGAUCCCCAUCCAACUUGCUCGGAUCGGGGACCCCCCGGCAGUUGCUUGGACAGAGAUCCAGACUCUUUGCAAGAAUGGUGCGUUGAUAGAAGUAACUGCCCAGCCUUGGCAGCAACACAAACCCGAAAGCUGUAUAUGGAAAUGGCUGGUGGAAGCGCAAACAUGCAAGUUUCCCAGCGGACAGUCUUUGUACUUUUUCAAUGGCUUUGAUGGUGCCAAGCUGGCAAAGCAUAGGCAGCGCAUCCACGUAUUCUGGUACAACAGAAAGCAGCUGCUGUCCUUCCCAACCUCGUUGGAGCACCUGAGGCAAAUCGAAGACUUGAAGCAGAGGCUGCGUGAGUCUUCUGCCACCCGGGGUCAUGCUCAAGGCACCAGCGUCUGGGUGCAGGGGCUGACCCGCACGGACUCUGAGCGCAAGGAAGGGUCUACGAUUGAGGUCGCCGGCAAUGCCUUUAAAGUCACAGGGGCCAUUGCAGAUGUGGAUGACCUCAAGAAGGCAAUCAAAGCGGAGAAGCCAAACCGAGUCAUGUGCGACGCAGAUGAAAUUGACAUCUACAGCCAGAAGGAUGGGCACUGGGUGAAGGAAGGCGAAGACACUGAAGUCAAUCGUGGCAAAUCUAAGGAAGAUUGCUACGGGUUCACGCUGCCACAAAUGUAA